UAAAGACCAAAUUCUACUGGUAUCUACUGAGAUGGAGAGAUUUGGCCUUCUGAUGCCCUAUAAAAAGAUGUCAAUGUUUAGUGAUAUCAUCAUUUUAAAGGAUUAUCCUCAACUUUCAUCAGUCGACCAAAUGUCUCUUUUAUUGAUGGGGAAAAUGAACGACUUAAAACCGUCUUUAAACUGGUAUGAAGACCUUCAGACAUCUGAUAUACAACUCAAGUUGAAAGUAUUAUUUUCUGAAGGUUUUCCACCAGGAUGUUUAGAAAGAUACAUUGGUGCUGUAUAUUUUGUUUACAAAUACGUAAAUAAUUACUAUUAUGGAUGGAAGUCUGGCAUAUUACUGCGAAUAAAUGAUGUUUAUAUCUAUAUAACAACACAGAAUGAGUCAUUAGAGUAUUUUGUCCGAACAGACAUAGAUUUAUAUUCUAGUUUUGAAGACGCAUGUAAAACACUUUGGAUGACUGUCAGUUUAGCACUGGACUGUUUUUUAAAUCAUAUUUCAAUCUGGCCAGAACUGAGUUAUCAGGUAUACCUGUCUGCCGAUGGAGAACAAUUUCGAUCAUGCAGUGUAAUAGGUGCCAGUUCUUUGACUUCCUUGUUGACUAAUAGAUAUAAAAAGAAAGAUGGCAUGGAAGAAGGAUUAGAAACAAGAGUAAAGAUACUAUUUCCAUUUCAAGAUUUUGAAGUUACAGAUGAAAACGAUGUUAUUCAACAAUGGACACUUUAUUUAAAAAGUAAAGCAGGGAAGUCUUUGGAAAAAGAUAUAAAAGAAACACAGCCAGCUUUAGAAUUACAAAUGAUAAAACCAAAAACAACUGUAAGGAAAAAUAAGCGUAAAGAUAUAACUUGGAAUGUAAAGACGACUGAUAAACCUACCUGCUCGAGUACAGAAAGUAUACAUACAAAUCCGAAUACUAAAACAGUCAAAUGUAUUGCAAAUGAUGCUAAGCUACAAUCGAGAAUAGGUAAACCAACAGUUAAACAAAAAUUGACGAAAACAGAGGAUUUAGCAAAACCUUCAUCUGUCCCUACAUAUGACAAUAACAUAGAACGGUGUAAAGCAGAUGUUGAAAUGGAUAUUCAGAAGGCAGUUGGGUCAUUUGUUGCGACCAUCUUAGCUUCAGCUGUAGCUGCUUAUAUAGGAGAGGAAAGUGGUAGACGGGGGAAAUGGACAACGUAUCAGGCAUCAGUUGCAUCAGAAAUGGCAGAAGCUAUCAUGUUUGUAAAUUCAAAUGACGUAAUGGCCGCAGCAAAUACAAUUAUAAAUACUGUGGAAAAAGCUGAAAAACCAGACCAUUCAAAUACACGUCAAUGUUGUCUAGAUGGAUCAUUAUGUUACUGUGGGCAUAAUAAAGAACAAAGAGAGCAGAGGAGUAAACUAAGCUCAAUUUGUACACUAUUGUAAAUUUGAUUACGUUAUAGUGACGUCUUUAAAGACCAUAAUAUGAUUUUUUUUUUUGUCAUGUUCGGAAUAAUUCAUGCAAUUUCAAUAUUGUCUUGAUGUGUAUAAUAUGUUAAAUAAAUUAAACUAGAGGCUCUAAAGAGCCUGUGUCGCUCACCUUGGUAUAUGUGAAUAUUAAACAAAAGAAGCAGAUAGAUUCAUGACAAAAUUGUGUUUUGGUGAUGGUGAUGUGUUUGUACAUCUUACUUUACUAAACAUUCUUGCUGCUUACAAUUAUCUCUAUCUAUAAUGAACUUGGCCCAGUAGU